GACGUGAGGAGUUCCCGGUGAAAACGCCCCUCUACUCUCCUCCUAGCCCUCGCGACCGUGAGCAUCCCUGCCGGCUCGUGCUGUCUGCUGUCCCAGGCUGCAGGGCUACUCCUCCCGCGGCAGAGGAACGGAGCUCCGGGGCGGUGGCGGCGUCUGUCUUCCAGUUCCCUGCGAUCUUUAUGAUCACAAUUUGGGCUGAAUCUUGAAAAACCCCGGACCUGACAGGACAGCACUGCAAUCCAUUUCUAUGACAACAGAGACGGCUUUGGCUGGGGGAUUGAAGAGUGCAAUGGAGGGUGACGCCAUGAGAACCAAUCAGGCUGCAGAGGACCAGGGGGACAUGGAUGAUAACUCAGAGAAGACCCCCAGCAAAGCCUCCAGAUCCCCCCAGAAGAUCAACAAGCGGCCCAAGGCCGUCCCGAUUAAAGUCACACUACUGGACGGCUCGGUCUAUGAAACUGGGGUUGAGAAAUUUGCCAAGGGCCAGACCCUGCUGGACAUGGUGUGUGGCCAUCUGAACCUGCUGGAGAGGGACUACUUUGGCCUGAAUUUCCAGGACACCGACAACGCCAAGCAUUGGCUGGAUCCCUCUAAAGAGAUUAAGAAGCAAAUUCGGGUUGGUUCCUGGAGCUUUGGAUUUUCUGUCAAGUUCUACCCUCCAGACCCGUCUGUGCUCAUGGAAGACAUCACUAGGUACUACCUGUGCCUGCAGCUGAGGGACGACAUCCUGUCCGGUCGCCUGCCCUGCUCGUUCGUCACCCACGCCCUUCUGGGCUCCUACACUGUCCAGGCUGAACUGGGAGACUACGAGGCCGACGAACACGGCCCCGACUACGUCAACGAGUUCCGCUUUGCACCCAACCAGACACGGGAGCUGGAGGAGAGAGUGAUGGAGCUGCAUCGUAACUACAGGGGAAUGAGUCCUGCAGAGGCAGAGGUGAACUUUCUAGAAAAUGGCAAGAAGCUCUCAAUGUACGGGGUGGAUCUGCAUCAUGCUAAGGAUUCAGAAGGAAUUGACAUAAUGCUGGGAGUGAGCGCCAACGGUCUGCUCAUCUAUCGGGACCGCCUAAGGAUUAACCGAUUCGCCUGGCCAAAGAUUCUCAAGAUCUCAUAUAAGAGAAGCAACUUCUAUAUUAAGAUCCGCCCAGGAGAGUAUGAACAGUUUGAGAGCACCAUAGGCUUCAAGCUGCCCAACCAUCGGGCCUCAAAGCGAUUGUGGAAGGUCUGCAUUGAGCACCACACCUUUUUCAGGUUGGUUUCCCCAGAGCCCCCUCCCAAGGGCUUCCUGGUGAUUGGCUCAAAGUUCCGCUACAGCGGGCGAACCCAAGCCCAGACCAGACAGGCGAGCGCUCUGAUCGACAGGCCGGCCCCACAGUUCGAUCGGUCCGUUAGCAAGAGGUACUUGCUGGCCCGAAGUAUUGAUGGAGCCUCAGCUCUCGGUUACAGUAUGGAACAGCUGUCCCAGCGGAGCUCCAGUGAACGCACACAGUUCAUGUCCAGAGAAGACCUGGACCAGGAGGGCAGCCUGGACCUGGACCAAGAUCAGUACCAUUAUCAGGACCAAGACCAGGACCAGUUCACAGAUCAGGAGCUAGAGCAGCAUGAUGACCAGGAUCAAGAUCAGAAACAUACCUACGGUGCACGCAUAUCAACUUCCACUAGGACCAUCGAGCUCAAGGGUGAGGCGGAAGGCACGUCUCUAGACUCAAAACCUGAGCAGCAGUUCUUGGAUAAGCCAGAAGAUGUUCUACAGAAGCACCAGGCCAGCAUCAAUGAGCUGAAGAGGGCUUUGAAGCAGCCUAACAGCAAGAUGGCCCAGAGGGAGAAACGUCUCUCCUCAGCUACUCCUCCUGGAGGAACCCCUGAGCGCAAAGCAGCGACCGCUGAUGCCAAAUUGAUUGACAAGCAGGAUGCUUAUGAAGGAGAGCUGGAUACUUGCUCUGAGAGUAAAAACAUCUUUGCUUUGACACCUUGGACUGACACAAAGUUGAGCAACUGUCAAACAGCCAAUGACUCUUUAAAAACUAGACCUGGGACAUCUCCAAAACAGGAAACAGACUUUCGAGCAACAGGAAUAACGUAUUUGAGCCCAGUGGAUGGUACAGUAGCAACUAACGGGCAUCAAGAUUCUUUAUUAGCAAGCAACACCAUUCAAGAAAAUGGAUAUGGAUCUCCACAUGACAAACAGGGGAGUGCAAUGAGCAACAGAGAUAUUAGGCAUUGUCAGUAUGAGUGCAACACUCAUGGAGAGGGAACAAACAACGUUGAAACCGUAUUGGCUGUGGAUUCUCUCCCAAAAGGCAACGGCGGCAGAAUUGAGAGUGACGCGAGGCAUUGGGAGACCUGGAAAAUAAAAGACUCAAGCCCUGUGGGAGCUCAAGAAUGCAACAUAGGAAGAAACUCAAACUCAGAAGUCACCAAAGUAGUUCCUCUAAAGCCACAGAGAUCCAAGAAGAAUAAGGAAAACAUUGCAUCUCAGAGUUGGUCUGACAGAGGUGUCUUUGGUGGGACUGGGGAUGUACAGAUGACAAAAUCAAAAGAUGAAUCUUUUGAUGCAGGAAGGAGAGUAGAUGACAAUUCUGAAUUGCAGUCUGCAGCAAAUGUUAUCAUGGAAAACACAGGAGCCACCAAGCAUCACUGCGAGGCUGAAAUGUCAUUUCAACAGCAAAGUCUACCACUCCCACAGAUAAAGAAUGAGUUGUUUGGGCAACAGGAGCUUAGAGACUGCAGACGCACAACGGGACAAAGUGUGUAUACAAGAGGACAUGAAGAUCAUUUUCAAAACAACUUGGAGUUUAAAGAGAAUCUUCUCUUUAGCUCCAAGUUUCCAACUGCACCUCCUCUAACGCUGCCUCUGAAAUCCCAGUGGUCCCGGGACAGACAUAGCAACAUGGACAGCAGCCACAUCCACUUCAGGAUGCCAAGCCAAGACACAUUCAAAUGGAAGCAAGCGGAUACACCUCCCACACCUGCUAUUCAUGAGGAACCUUUCAAUGAAGCUUCAAGGGAACCGUGGGAAAGACGUCUAGGCUCCGUCUCCGAGGACGACCAGGACCCCGACAUCCUGUACCUGAAGGAGACCCACCUGGGCAUCGAGAGGAAGUAUUCCAGCAUCACGGUCAGCUCCACGUCCAGCCUGGAGGCUGAGGUGGACUUCACUGUCCUCACUGACCUGCACACUGGCAUGGAGGAGUUCUCCAAGGGCAUGACGGAGCUGGGGGACAGGGUAGAGUCACCUGACGUAGGUCUCUGCUUUAGCAUGGACAUGCUCCAGCAGCAGGCCGCCUUUGAACCACCCCCCCCACUGGUGUCAGCCCCUCCGACCAAACAUAUCCAGGCAGAAGAAGUGCGGCCAGAGGUCAAACGGUCUGAUAUGCAGCCUGUUGUACCCAAAAAACCAAAGAGGUCCGUGCCGGUGUCAUCGUCAGUGGACAGAGAGUCGCAGAGAGAAGCCGGUCGCCAUUCUGCCGUCACACCACUGAGCAGGGAGGCCAGUGACCUCAUGCCCACCCCCACAGUGAGGAAGACGGACGUCAGGACGGAGACCCAGCCCAACGGCUCAGAGGUCACCACAACCAUCGUGGAGUUUACAGAUCAGGGUCACGGUAUCACCGGCCUGAGUGAAGUUUCCUACUCCACCAGACAGAGCAUAUCCCCUGUGCAUAUGGGAAGUCUUAGAAGAGAGGCAUCAGGGUCGCCUAUCCUCAUAACGGAAAAUGUUACCUCGGCAACCACUCACGUCUCCAAGACGGUGAAAGGAGGAUACUCAGAGACCAGGAUUGAGAAGAGGAUCAUCAUCACAGGAGACGAUGAUGUAGACCAGGAACAGGCUCUGGCUAUUGCAAUACAGGAAGCCAAGCAGCAGCAUCCAGACAUGCAGAUAACUAAGGCAGUGGUUGUCAGGGAAACAGAAUCGUCCACUGAGGAUCGUCACGGCCCAUCAGAGUCCUGAUUUUAUGAUACGAGAGCGCCCCCCGGUGGACCGGAAGUGGCAGUGCCCGGCCUGAAAUUCUCCCCCCACCUCCCUUCUGAUAGACUUCUGCCAGUGGCGAAUAUGGAGCCUAAACACACACACAUAUACUUGCCACUGGAAAUCCGAACAUCUGGAACAAUUUAAAGAGAUCCCAAUCCGACUAAAUUCCCUGCAAAGCUCUCAGGGCUGCUACUGUAUAUUAAAACCACUUGCUUAAGUAUUCCUCGACGGUCAAAGGGAAUCAUUCAUUCACACUGUGGAAUAAUCCAGGGCCAUGUGCCAUGUUGGUACCCACAAAAUAGAAAAAAAACUAGGAAUGUCUUUUACAUGUCUGUGCUGCUGUACUGAAGAAUUCAUCAGAUUACUGCUGUGUGCUGUAAAAAAAACUACUGUUUGUGCUUACACAUAGAAUAAUCCAUCACAUUUAUCUUUAGUAAUGAUGGAACAUCCAGUGAAGCAGGGUUCAGGUCCGUCCGUCCGUCCCCCCUCUGUUACACUGAUUGAUGAGGAUGCACUGAGCAGAUCGGAUCAUGUAGAGCCAAUCAGAUCCUCUGUUGAUCAUUCCAGCCUGAGCUAGUAUUUUCUGCUCCUCUAUUGGUCUCACCUGAGAAUUUACUUCUGUAAAAUGUAUUUGGCCAUGAAGUAUGCUUCGCUUCAUCAGGAUGGACCUUGUGGGAGCUGUUGAUACACACAGUGAACUCUUAUGUAUUUACAUGGUGGAGAUGUAAUGUACGAGCCCAGUUCCUCUCCUUUCACAGCCUUUAGAUAUGCUUUCAGAAGUCUGUAUGUAAUACCACUUUGGCCAUUUAGUGUAGUCGGUACGUAGAGUAUAGGCUCACACCCUUGUUCAGGUCACAGAACAGGCUGCUGUGUCAGUACAAUUAGUAUUUCAGAUCAUAUUUGCAUGAUAUGUUCUGGCAUUAUUGGAUUGUAAUUGAGUAUUAUAGAUAUUAACUAAUAAGAGUAAUGGAUCAUGAUGUCCAAGAUAAUAAGGGCAACAAAUCUGAAGUUAUAUCGGAGCUUAUUAAAAGAAGGAAAUGAAGCCUUCUGACAGGAAAUUAAGAAUAUUCAGAAGUAGUGGGACAUUUCACAAUGCAUUCAGUUUUGUUAAUCCCAAGAUUCAAUGACAGCUAAGUGGCUACAGUGUCUUCUCCUUAUUUAAGCCACUAGUGCUGAUACACAUAUCUUCAUUUUACAUAUCAAUUAGCUUUUAAUUUAAUCUCCCUGUGCAGAAACAUGAGGAGACCUACAUGAGUUGUGGUGAAUGAUAUAUUUUGCAGAGUUAUUUAUUGUACAACACAUUUUCUCUGUCUUGAAGAAAAGACAAAAAUGUUGGGAUGCAUCUGAGCCCUUCCAAUAAUCUUUUGAGAAAAGUAAAUAUACAGUAGGAGCAGAAUCUGUGGACUUUUAAUUGUGUGUGAUUUGUCACAUGAAUGUUAGAGGAACGUAGUAGGCUAUGCCAUGUAAGGUAGCAGUGAAUUGUACAAACUCUGAUUUUAUAUUGAAAUAUUUGUAUGAAAAAGCUACAAGUCCAGAAAGUCAAAUGCAUAAACUUGACACGGCAAGGUUUCCCUUUAAUAAUGGUGUAUUUAACAUUACCUACAAGGUCUCUGUCUCCUUGCAAAUGUCACAUUUUAUAUAAAAAUCAAUACAUUCAGCAGCAAAAUGACUCAAUUGAGUAAAACCAUGGUAUAACCCUGUCAUGUAAGGUUUAUGAGGGUAUUACUGAAAUAUGACUUAGGCUUUCAGACGCCAAACCUUUCUGUCAACUUUCACGUGUAGUGUAAUUCCCGUUGUUAUUCAUAUUUUGGUUCAAAAUCCUUUAAAGUGAUGAUUAAUCAUGGAUGUCAACCUGGAAGGUAAAAAAUAAAUGCAGCCAUGUACUGUAUAUUUGAUGCCGUUUGAUGGAUUGUGAAGAUGUAAAGUAGUUAAUGGCAAUGGGCUUGAUGUACACUAGGGGGCACCAGUUACCAAACAAAGAAGAGAGCUUUGCAACAACAUGGAGCAUUCCCAGCUUAAAUCAUUCUCACUAUUCCUCAAUAAGGUGCGAAAUUAUCCAAAUCCUGCCUGGAUCAAGUGAUGAGAUAAAACCGUCCUUCCUGAGUCCAGAAAAGGCGGGCCCUUGGACGUCUGACAAGUGAUGACCGGAGACAUUUGGCUGUGGAUGAGACACCUGGUGCUGACGUCUCAUUGGACGACCUCUGGCUGAUCCUUAAACCUCUGUACAAAGCUCCCCCCUCCUCCUCAGCAGCUUCCUCCCCUCUGCUCUGCUUCUUUUGCCUGGUGCCGUGUCUUCGCUGUACAUUGUAAUUGCAUUCCUUCGAAAAUAAAUAAAGAACAGAAAAAAAUAAAACAAGAUCAGAAGGGAUUCCCUGUUUGGUCUCUUCACAUA